AUGAGCCGCACAAACGGCACGGCCUCGGCGAGGGGAGCUCCCACACGGCGGCACGACCACCACAACCGCCCGCCCCCGCCUCCCUACACCGGCCCGGCCUCCCCCCCCGCCCCCGCCGCACCCACCGGGCUGCCCGGGGCCGCAGACCCGCCCUCGCAGCGCGGAGCGGCCGCUCACCGGCCCCGUCCCGGCCCGUCCGCCCGCAGGAAGCGGAACUGGCGCGCGGCGGAAGCGGGAGGGCCCGGAUGUGCGCGGGGCCGCUUCGGGAGGGACCCCCGGGAUGGUCCCGGCGGGGAGCUCAGCGCCCGGGGAGGCCCUGGAGGCGGCUUGCACGGGCAGCUGUGCCGCCAGUGCGCCUUCUCUGUUGUUAACCUCUAA